AUGCCCAGGCUGAGGUGUGACGAGGCAUACAAAAAGAAAACUCUGGAGUUGAUCGAGCUUGAAGUCAGUCCACCUACGGAUGAGCAGCAGCCAGUUUGUGUAGAGAUUCCUCUAAACUGUUGCAGUGACGGUGAUGUGAACAGAGAGAGAGAGAGAGGAAGAGAGUGUGAGAGCUCCUCAGUUGCCUUAGCAGCGCAGCCUCAUUCCUCCACAGUCGGGCUUCAGUCCGCUGUACUGCGCGCUUCCCGGGGCUUCCCUCACGGCUCCCCAUCAGUUAACCCUGUCACACUCCGCCUGGUCUCCAUGUAUUCCACCGUGCUUGAGAUUUUAAAAAGAGAAGAAGAAGGAAAAGCAAAGCAAACAGAACUCUGGGCCGCCUCCAAGUUUCCUAAACGCCCCUUCUCCGUCUGUUAUGGAGGAAAAGGUGGCGGGCUGAUCGGCUCAGUCACUCCGCACAGGUGUGAAACCAGAAGCGAAGAGAGGAUGGCUCUGCGGCCGGGGAACGGGACUGUGGCGGAGUGGGGGAACCUCAGCGUGAAAGUUAGCGACUACAAGGUGAGCAACACGAAGCGCUCCGUCUUCAGCAGACCCGCCAGAGCCAGAGGUCAGAGGUCAGAGCACACAGUUUUCUACAUCUGGAUCAUCCAGGCUGAGGUGUUAAACUGCUACAGAUGGCACCAACACCUGGCCCCAGACCCGAGAUGGACUCCUUGUCUUUGGCAACCUCCUGAUCAUCGUGGUCCCGAUGCUGAACAAGCGCAUGUGGACGGUCACCAACUCCUUCCUGCUGUCGCUGGCGGUCAGCGACCUGAUGAUGGCCAUUUUCUGUAUGCCCUUUACACUCAUCCCCAACAUGCUAGAGGACUACAUCUUUGGAGCCACCAUGUGCAAGAUUGCCACCUACUUAAUGGGUGA